UUAUGUCAAACCAAAAGCUAUUCUGUUACUUCAGUGUUUUUAUUUGAUUUGACCAGAAAAAUUGAGUGUGCAUAGGUUAAAAACACUAGUCCAAACACCCUAUAAGCAGGUAUGAUAAACUCUUAAUUAUGCUAUGCAAACAUUCCACCCCAAGAGAUUGUUUCAAAUAAUUGCUGCAUAAUUUUAACCAAACAAUCAUUUUACAUCAAUCUCUUCAAUUCACUACAUUAGCAUGAUCGUGUUUAAAUGAAAAGAACGAUUAGGAGAUUAAAUUUGGCAAUUUCAUUAAUCUUGCUUGCAUUUCUGUCACUUCAAGAGGGCCAACAAAGAAACGAAGCUCUUCCUUUUGUAUUAUACUCGUUGACUUUGCACGUGGAUUAUUGCCCUUCUAAAAUAGGAUAUUGCAGUGUUGUUGGGUUUGUAGACUGCUAAGCCAUCCCACACAACAAUCUAAAAAGUAAUAAAACUAUUUUAUAUGAUGAAUGUUCUUGUCCACAUUACAAUUCCGUGUUUAAAAUAUGAAAGAUUUGAUUCUGCAAUUUGUACUGCUUCCAAAUUUUUAAGGCCACACUUUUUCUCUCACUCCUCUCCCCACCCACCUUUAUAUGUGUCUACACCUCCAACUUCUUACCUCUACACAUCAAAUUGUGCCAUUAUUCUCCCUAGCAACAUUGCACAAGUCCUUCUCCUUUUCUCAAAAGGAAGAAGAAUAACAAUGGGUGUGGAUAUACAAGGCAAGCUUCGAUUAGCCCUUGGCUUAAUGAAAGAUCAUGCCUCAAUUGGCAAGGCCAUGAUGUACCAUUACCACCAUGAUGGCUUUUCCAACAUAGAGAUUGCAGUGCUGCGUGCCACAGGCCAUGACAAUGGCACCAUUGAUGACAGAUACAUGCAUGAAAUCCUCUUCCUCGUGUCAAAUUCUCCAGGAUCUAUCCCCUUCCUUGCCGAAAGGAUUUCGCGCCGCCUAGGCAAGACUAAGGAUCAUGUUGUGGCCCUUAAAACCCUUGUCUUGAUCCAUCGCCUCCUUAGAGGGGGAAACAGGUCCUUUGAACAAGAGCUAUGCAAGGCACACGUCUCAGGUCACCUACAAAUUAGUACAAGGUGCUUCACAAGGAGUUCUGACCCUUCAGUUGGUUUCUUACACAAGUAUGCAGCAUAUCUUGAAGAGAGAAUGAGUUGGCUCAUCAACCAAGCAGGCAAACUUGAGCCUGUGAUGUCCAAAGGGUUAGAGUUUAGGCGCUAUGAUGAGAAAUCUAUUGAUAUGGCAUUCAGAACAUUACCAAAAUGCCAAGUGCUUAUUGAUAAGGUGUUGGAAUGCUCACCACAUGAUGUUUUGUGCUCAGAUCAUAGCUUGGCUCAGGCUGCUAUGAGCAACACCUUGAGGGAAAGCUUCCAAGUUUACAUGACAUUCUCUGAAAGCAUUGCUGCUCUUGUCAACAUGUUUUUUGAUCUAACAGCAUCAGCCAGAGGACUAGCAUGUGAGAUACUCAAGAAAGCUUCUCUGCAGAGUCAAGGGCUUCAUGAUCUGUAUGAAAGUUGCAAACAAGUGGUUGAAAACAAGAACUUGGAUUACCCUUCUGUUCAGAUAAUCAGCAUGAAUCAUGUAGUGGCAUUGGAGCAAUUUGGUAGUCCACAAAGUGAACUUGCAGGUUCACAUGUCUCUCUAUCUAGCAUCUCAAGGCCACCUCCAAUUUCAGGCCACUUUACAAAAUCAAAAGAGAUGGAACUAUCAGUGGCAGCAGAAGAAAGCAAAAGGAAUAUUGAAGAGAAAAUUGAUGUAAAUUUGUCACCAACACCAACACCAACUCUUUUUCAUUGGACACUAGAGACUAAAAUAAGCAUGGUUUGGGUGGUGUUUGAAGAUGAAGUUCCCAAUGAAUCACAGGUUCUUCCAGCACAGCAAAAGCUUGGAGGUGUUGAGGAAAUAAAAAGUGAAUAUGGUAGGCCUAGUGUGUUCCUGAAUCCAUUUUCAUCUAGUAUUCAAACAAGCAUGUCUUCAAAGGCAUGAGGCUGCUUAAUCAACAAAGUUGGUUGAGUUCUUCAAUGGUUUUGGUAAACUAAAUAAUACUGUGAAUCUGAAUCAUUUCCCUGUUUUACACCAUAUUAUGAUGGAAAAGUAUAUGGUGCUAUAGCUUCUGCAUACUUCAUAAACAACUGUAACAUGUGAGUAAAUGCUACUGUAAGAAACAUGGGGCAAAAAUGUUUGGAAGAGUGCUAAAAUAGAAUAGGUUGUUUUCAGCUAUGUGUAAUAUUAUUUUCAUAGUUUAAUUGUUUUCUGUAGGUACAAUGUUUUGGGUGAUUAGAGAAAGGAAAUUAUUAUUGUCAUCUUUUGUGGGUCA